CUGUGUGUGUGUGCUCAACACUCGCAUUUAGUUGUCGCUGUCGUUUGUCAGUCUGCGUUUUUCGUCUCAGCUGCUGAGCGCGUGUGUUGUGCUUGUGUGAAUUUCGUUUGCGUUUGUAGCAUAUCUGGCUGCCACACAAAAACGAUAAAUUCCCGGCGGAGCGAACUCUCGCGAUUGGAUUCUUGUAAAGUGAACUAGUGAUGAGCAAUGCCAGUGAGGGGAACCUGCUGUUGCUGCGGGCGGUGGAGAAGCAGCCGCCGCUAUACGAUCGCACCGACGAAAACUAUAGGAAGCGCCUGCCGAGUGAGAACUCCUGGGACAUGGUGGCCUCCGAGGUUGGCGAAUCGGUGGAAAAGUGCAAGCGACGCUGGCGUCAGCUGCGAAAUGACUAUACCCGCUGGUGCAACGCCGACGCCAACCGGCGCCGAAGUGGCCAGCGUCGUUUGGCUUAUCCGCUGGCCGAUGAGCUGCGCUUCUUGGACCGCCACUUAAACCUGGCCGACGACAGUGUGGUCGACGACGACCGCAGCGUAGCAUCGGACAAGGACAGGGAUAGCACUAGGGACAGCGAGAGCAGGGAUCAUUAUCCUCAGCCGUCAUCAAAAGAACGCGCAGCAUUGGCAAGCAAGCUAGUUAAGGAUGUCAAGCUGGAGGGUCAAGUUCGUAAAGUAAAAUCACCCCAAGAAAAGAAAGAACAUUUAGAAAAUCACGAAGACAAGCAGCGAGCUAGGAAGAAAACUGCUGAAGAGGAACUUGGUGAAUCGGAGGAGUCGGACGAACCAGAGAAAGUUCCUGAACUGGAUAGUUUCCUGCAGUCGGACAAUGAAGGAGACGAGUGCGUAGACGUGGAGCACCUAGAGGAUCUGGAGGGUUUCGAUGUUGACUUGGAGCAAUUGAAUCAGGAAAAGGAGCUUACGCCCGAGAAGUCUCUAGAGAAGGAUAAGAGAGACUCACCUGCUAGCCAGUUGGAGUUCUUUGUCAAGCAAAGCAAAGAUCCUCGUUUGCUAGUCAUUGGCAAAAAGAACUCGACGGCUUCGCUCGGUAAACCCGAUCCCCUGGGAAAAGCUAUGGAGGAUAGUGGCGAUGAAUAUGUUGAGGAUGGUGAAAAGCGCGUCACAAGCAGCGACACCAAUUCUCCAAGUCGACGUCUGCGUCGCGCAGCCCGUGCAUCCAUAAGUGCCGCUGGCAUUAGGGACUUGCCGAUUCAAAAACCAGGACAUGCCCAGCGAAUGACGCGAUUGCAGCGCAGGAAAUCGAUGAGUCUGGCGGCUGUGCACAGUGUAAGGAGCUCCACAUCGCCCGUGAAAAUGACACCAGUUCCCAGAUCGCAGACGAUCAUCAAACCACCAUCCGGUGCAGUCCAGAUCAGGAAAAUGAGCCAUCGGGAUGACAUCUUCCCGCGGCCUGCGGUGCCAGCUGGAAGUGAGAAUAAAACAGAAAUCCAACACAAGACCCAACAGCAGCAGAAUCCGCUGAUCUUUCCAAAGAGCGAUGCAACGAUCGCCAACCCGCAGGGGUCUGCUUCGCUACAAAGGAGACCCGUGGGUAGGCCUAAGAAGCUGCCCUCCAUGCAGCGAAUGGUUUUGCCGCAAUCGCAGACCAGGCCACAGUCGCCCAUAAACACCAAAGUCUUGACCGUUAGCAAGCCCACCAGCUCCGCCACAAUUGGUGGCAGCAGCAUCAGCAACAACAUUACCAAUACCAACAAAAGUAACAGCGUUACUAGCAUCAGCAGCAGCACAGCUAGCACCAGCACCAUUACCAAAGCUCCCACUAGCAACAGCCUCAAACCCGCAGAAAAAAUUACCGUAGUGAACUUCAGUCCCAGUUCAUCUACCACCAGCAGCAGCGGCAAGCCCACCAGUAGUGCCUCUGGUACGGUGGUAACCACCAUACCCACAGCUACCACUGCUGCAUCACCUGCUCCGGGCGGCCAUUUAAAAAAUACUGAGCGGAGCACUCAAACCAGAAGCCAGGAUGUCUUCUCCGAUGAUCACUUCCUCGAAAUGAUCAAACCCCAGAUGCAGGAGAUGAACGCCCGCCAAAAGAUGCACUUCAAGAAGAAAGUAUUCCAAGCGCUGAUGGAGACCUUUGAUGAUGCCACCGAUUUCCCAAAUUCUAGAGAACUGCAGCACUUUAAUAUAAACACUCCAUCAGGAUUUGAGCACGUUACAGAUCCGGAACUGCGAUUAGUCAGGGAGCUGGUCAGCAUGGUGAGCGCGGCUAAGGUUACCCUAAUUAGACCGCCAGGCGAGGCUACAGCUACAGCUACAGUUUCCCGCAGUCCAGCUGCUCCCGAUAUACAGCGAGGACCCCGACCAAACAUGCCACGCCAAGUCAUCCAGAGGGUAUACAAGCCGGGCACUGGACUCGAGAUAGCCACCAACAGCCCGACGGGUGGACAGGAGAAGAAGCUGUACAGGAUACUGCAGAUGAGUGGUAAACCGAAUGGCAACAUGAGUGCCUCUAUGGAAAACUUGCGCAAGGAGAGCGUGGACAGUAACCAUAGUUCGAUAAGGGUGGCCAACAACGCCCCUAUUGGCAGUCCCAAAGGAGCUGCUGUAGUGGCUGCUGUAAGGCCACAGGGUUCAAUGAUCAACAGCUUCUUUGGGCAAGGCAAUGGACCGCCGACAGCCAAGGGAGUUGCGCCCGUGAAGGUCCGUGCCAUGUCCAGGAGGUAUUCCGUGUGCGGUAGCAGCAAUCCGCCCAAUGCCACAAACACUAGCCAAAGCUCCACCAAUAUCAGUCCUAUAAACCAAUCCAACCUUAGCGGUGUGGACGCGUCUAUGCUUAAGCGGCGGUUGAUAGCACCAGGCCAUGGAAUGGUGCCUCCUUCCCAGCGUCCUCGGUAUUCUGCCGUAGCUGCUAAUCAAAUGGCCGCCGCAUCGCAGGGCAGCAGCUUACUAGUGAGGAAGUCCGUGGGCUGCGUUACUGCUUACCAAAAGCAAAUCUCGCCCACAUCCGUGCUCCAGAAGACUCCGCAGAUUGCCAGCGUGCAAGGAUCUGCUUUUAAUGACUUUGCCCAGCCCAAGCCCUCCGUCAACGGCGAUGGAAGCUCGCCAUCUUCGGGGCUGAAGCGCAGCCUGGUGGUGGCCAAUACCAAAACCUCCUUCCAGGACCUUCUUCAGCAGCCCAGUCAGUCGUUGCAGAGGAAGAAAAAGGAAUCCUCGGAGACAGCAGCCACUAUUGCUGCGGAUGAUUUCUCGCUGGCCAGCCUAAAGCGAGAGCCAGUGGAUUCUGCGGACGAUAACGAUGACUUACUUGGCAUGUAAGCCAAGGCCAAAGCAAUCCCCGAGGAUUGAAAAUGAUUGAAAAUAUGAAUCUUAAAGAUUAAAGACAGAUUAAACAAAUCAUUAAAAAGACGUUGAAAAAAAUUGUUAAAAUAACUAGUGCACUCAAAAUGUUGCAUAAAACAUU